AUGACGCUGAAGGUUUUUUCUUGGCGCUCGCACCGACCAAGGAGCUGGCUUUCAUGCCUCACAUCAGUCUUGCCCGUUCCGUCACUCGGACCCGUCGUAAAUCUCGCCAUCGCGUUUAAUCGAUCUCGUGACCCAGUGCGCGCUGUUGGCUUUGCUAUGGAGCCCGAGUACGCCGCUCUCACGGCGGCCCUAGUGCGCCACUUGGGCCCAUUUCACUCCGACGGCUCGCCAUGGAGCCUGGGCGCGUCCGGGUUCGGUGGCAGGGGCCUCUUCGCCUCGCGCGACAUCAGCACAGACGAGGUGAUCUUCGAGGAUCGGCCCAUCAUCGUGGGCCCGCGUGCUGGCCGCGACGAACAGGUCACGUGCGUCGUGUGCCACGAGCACGUGCCGCGGAGUGAAAUGUGCCCCGGGGGCUGUGGCCUGCCCGUGUGUCACGCGAGUGCCGCCUGCGCCCAAGACGAGACUCACGCCCGAGAGUGCAAACUCUUGGCCUCGUGGCAGCCGCUCAAGACAGCCACGGUGUCUGACAACGUCCUCCGAGCGCUCACAUCCGUGCGGAGCCUCCUCCUGGCUCCGGACCCGCUCGCGCUCCUCAACAGUCUGCAGGCCAAUCAUUGCCACCAAACUGAGACGGAGAUCAAUCGAGCUGUGGCGGAAUUCGGCAAUUUCCCGCAUGAUCAGCCAGAGAUUCUGCGGCAACUCUUCGCCACGUCGGCCGUCCUGAACACCAACGCCUUCGAGACGAAGCUGGUGUCGGAGUACGAGGACAGGAAAAGCCUCCGAGGUUCGGGCAGAGGACUUUAUCCGCUGGCGUGCAUGAUGAACCACCAGUGCAUCCCCAAUGUGAGAUAUUGCUUCGAUGCGAAGCACACGAUGCGCGUCCAGGCCACGAAGCCCAUUCGGCGCGGCGAGGAGAUCUUCACGUCCUACAUCCAGAUCUUCUGGGGCACCUACUCGCGCCGGGUGCACCUGGCCGCCACGAAGGACUUCAUGUGCAGCUGCUCGCGAUGCGCCGAUCCCACAGAGGGCGGCGCGUAUUUAUCAGCCCUGAAGUGUCCCAAAGACUCCUGCGAAGGGCGUCUGUUGCCACUGCAACCACUGGUUCUGGGAUCUUCGUGGUCCUGCGACGUCUGCAGCACGGAAAUGAACAAUAAGAAGGUGUCGCGAGUGCAGGAUGUUCUCUCGGCUCUGAUCAUCACGAAGAUCAGGAAAUCUGAUCCCAGAAUUGUGCUGGACUUCCUCAAAACGUGCAUCAACAACAUCAUGCCGGAUUCCAAUCAAUUCAUUGUGGAGCUGAAACUGUUCGUCAUAUGGAAUUUGGGCAAUGACGGGAAACAUGAUUAUACUUUGGAGGAGUUCCAGGCCAAGGAGAAGUUCUGCCUGGAGCUGAUGGGAUUGUUGGAGCAAAUGGGCGCCGGCGAGUGUACAAUAAAAGCUCUCAUCUACUUUGAGCUUUACAAGUGUCGUGAGCAAUUAGUCAAAUUGCAACGUCAGGAGGAUGAGGAGCAGGAGGCAAAGUAUCGGGUUUUGAAUCGCAAACUCCUCGAUAGAAGUUGGUCAAUGCUGAAGUGGAGCGUUGGAGCACCGCCGGAACUUCGACAACUCAUGCAGCGAAUAUGCGCUGCAGAAUGCGAGGAUCGAGAGAAAUCGAGCCUCAAUGGGAGUCAUCACUGAAAUUAAUUCAACCUC